UGUGUUUGCCAAGCACCAUUAAAUCUCAGAGGAAGAAGAUUAGUUUUCAGCAUGAUCUCUGGUGUUGUGUUGUGAUACUGACUACAAACUGUUAGAAGUGUAUUUUUAGUAUUGACACAUGAAUCAGGUCAAUAAAUACCGGUAAUAUUCCCACCCUUAUAGACGGUAGUAAGGUUUGAAGCGAGCAGGAAUAUCUGGAGGAGUAUCAACUGAACUGAGAUCUGCUGCUGUGAAGAUGGUGUUUGUUAAAGAGGAGAGUGAGGAGGACAUGAGUGAACCAGAACCCUGGAGAAUAAAACACGAGGAACAAGGAGGUCUGGUGAAAGUGAAAGAGGAAAGAGAAGAUCUGAAUGAAUUGGAGGAGAAAUAUCAGCUUCAGAAAGUUCAUGAUGACACCACUGAAGAAAAACCAUUGAGUUGCUCCAAAACUGAAAACAGUUGCUCACAAAGCAGCAUUCAAAUAACAGAAGUCAGAAGACCUUUCACCUGUUCUCAGUGUGAAAAGAGUUUUACACAGAAAGGACACCUCAAUGAUCAUUUAGUAACUCACACUUCAGAAAAGCCUUUCACCUGCUCUCAGUGUGGAAAUACUUUUAAACAUAAAAAAAGCCUUAAAACUCACAUGAUAAUUCACACAGGAAAAAAGCCUUAUACCUGCUCCCAGUGUGGAAAGAGUUUUACACUAAAAGGACACCUUAAUAGACAUGUACUAAUUCACACUGAAGAAAAGCCUUCCACCUGCCCUCAGUGUGGAAAAACUUUCAUGCGUAAAGAAAACCUUAAGAAUCAUAUGAAAAUUCAUGCUGGAAAUAAGCCUUUCAGCUGCUCUCAGUGUGGAAACACUUUCACACGUAAACAAGCCCUCAAGAAUCACAUGUUAAUUCAUGCUGGAAAUAAACCUUUCAUCUGCUCUCAGUGUGGAAAGAGUUUUACACAGAGCUCACACCUUAAGUAUCAUUUGUUAAUUCAUACUGGAGAAAAGGCUUUCUACUGCUCACAGUGUGGAAAGAGUUUUAAAAUGAAAGCACACCUUAAGGAUCAUUUGUUAAUUCAUACUGGAGAAAAGGCUUUCAGCUGCUCUCAAUGUGGAAACACUUUCAGACAUAAAGGAAGCCUGAAAAGGCACAUGUUAUUUCAUACUGGAGAAAAGGCUUUCAGCUGCUCUCAGUGUGGAAAGAGUUUUACACAGAGCUCACAUCUUAAGUAUCAUUUGUUAAUUCAUACUUCAGAAAAGCCUUUUACCUGCACUCAAUGUGGAAAAUCUUUCAGACAUAAAGGAAGCCUUAAGAAUCACAUGUUAAUUCAUACUUGAAAAGGUCUUAUACCUGCUCUCAAUGUGUAACGACAUGAGAAUUCACACCAAAGAGAUGUCUUACAUACGUUAUCUGUGUGAGAAAAGUUUUAAAUAGAUCAGGAGUCUCUGAUCUCAUCUGCACUAUUCUCACUCUGCAGAAAGGCACUUUAAAGGUACAGUAAGCAAUUUCUGAGAAACGCUGUUUAAAGAGGAUCAGAUCACGCAGCAUAACACUUGUAGCCAAUCAGCAAUUGGGGGUGUGUCCACUCAUAAUGGGGAAGGAGAGAGUGAGAAAGGGGAAAAAAACUAGAAAAAGAGAUGGCUGAGAGACAUUACAAAAGAGAAAAGGUCACAGGAAUGUCACUGGAAGAAGAACAGUUAUGAUUUUAUCCAUUCAUUUACAUGACAAUGGUGUUUUGGGGGCCUAAAAAUGCAGACUUUUGAAAAAGCUUUUUCAUAGAUGUGUGGUUUUGAUAAUGUAGUUUAUAUGGCUGCAUUUACACUGCAAGUCUUAAUGCACAGAUCUGGGGCUGUAUUCACAAAACAUCUUAAGGCUAAAAGUAGCUCCUAACUUGCAGAUUUAGGAGAAACUCUUAAAAAU